GUAAUGUUUAACGUGCCAGUCACAAAGAUCACAGAACAGCGUAUGCCCGGGCAUAAGCUAGCACUACCGUUUAUGCUCUGCAAGACUGAAAGGCUACACAUGCCCAUGUGAUUAAAAAAUGUAUGAUAAUAUAAACGUUUUUUUGAAAGCUUGUGAACAGAUUGGAUUGAAAGAAGCCCAGCUUUUCCAUCCUGGGGAUCUCCAGGAUUUAUCAAACCGAGUCACUGUCAGGCAAGAAGAGACUGACAGGAGAGUGAAAAAUGUUUUGAUAACAUUGUACUGGUUGGGAAGAAAAGCACAAAGUAACCCGUACUAUAAUGGACCCUAUCUUAAUUUGAAAGCAUUUGAGAAUCUUCUAGGACAAGCUCUGACUAAGGCUCUAGAAGACUCCAGCUGCCUGAAAAGGAGCGGCAGGGACAGUGGUUACGGGGAUAUCUGGUGUGCUGAACGUGGAGAAUUUCUUACUUCUCCAGGCAACCAUAAGCGAGAAGAUUCCUUCGAAAGCUUGGACUCCUUGGGGUCUAGGUCAUUCACAAGCUGCUCUUCUGAUAUCACAUUGAGAGGUGGACGUGAGGGUUGUGAAAGUGACACAGAUUCUGAAUUUACAUCCAAAAUGCAGGAUUAUAAUAAAGAUGAUAUGUCCUAUCGAAGGAUUUCAGCCAUUGAACCAAAAUCUGCUUUACCGUUCAAUCGUUUUUUGCCCAAUAAAAGUAGACAGCCAUCCUAUGUGCCGGCGCCAUUGAGGAAGAAAAAGCCAGACAAAAAUGAGGAUAACAGAAGAAGUUGGGCCAGCCCGGUGUAUCCAGAAGCAGAUGGAACAUUUCCAAGUGGACACACAGACAGUCCUUUAAUUUCCCAUCAAAUUAGCAGAGCAGAGUGGGAUUUGUCAAAUGCAACUUGCGGUCAGAAGGAAGUGUAUGGUUCUGAAAGUGGUUCGGACUCCGAGGAUGAACGAAGGUUGCCUGAUAUAGUUUUGGAUGACUUAGCCAACCGUAGAUUCCGAGUGAAAAAGAGGCCCGAGUGUUUCACAUCGAAAACCACCUCUCGUAGCUCUUAUUCACCAAGGUUUCCUCCUGCUGACACAUUAGCCUCUGGGCCGUACGCACUGACGAGUAACGAGAGGAGAACUUGGGGCAGAAAUGUGGAGAACUGGCCAAGAGUACAAGAAGCUUCAAAGUCCUCUUGUUACUUGGAAGUGGAAGAAGAAAAGACAAGCUUGCCCAACACCAUCAAGGAUGAUCUUUAUGUGCGAAAGCUAAGUCCAGUCAUGCCAAACCCAGGGAAUGCUUUUGAUCAGUUUCUUCCCAAAUGUUGGAUCCCAGAAGAUGUGAACUGGAAAAGAAUAAAAAGAGAAACUUACAGACCAUGGUAUAAAGAAUUUCAGGGAUUCAGUAGGAGGAAUUCAGAUUCUGAGGAUGAGGAUUUGGGCUCGGACAGAAGCUCCUCCUUUUUUAGUAGAAUCCAAAAAGCAAAACAUAGGCUAGACAGCAGCUGCCAAAGACGUUCACUCCUGCUGGAAUUGGCUACCAAAGGGGCCAGGACCUCCCGGGACACCCAUGCAGCCAGGAGAAGCGGCAGUGCCUCCGAGGAGCCCAGUCAGUUUUUAUUACUUCAGGCACUCCAAACAUACUCUGAUGACAUCUUAUCUUCUGAAACAAAUAUCAAAAUUGAUCCCACUGCUGGCCCAAGGCUCAUAACACGCAGAAAGAAUCUCUCUUCUGCACCGGGGUAUAAAAGAGAUGACCUUGAGAUGUCAACCCUUGAUCCUGACUUAGAGAAUGAUGAUUUCUUUGUCAGAAAGACUGGAGCUUUCCAUGCAAAUCCAUAUGUUCUCCGGGCUUUUGAAGACUUUAGAAGGUUUUCCGAGCAAGAUGAUCCUGUAGAGCGAGAUAUAAUUCUGCAGUGUAGAGAAGGUGAACUUGUACUUCCAGAUCUAGAAAAAGAUGAUAUGAUUGUUCGCCGAAUCCCAGCACAGAAAAAAGAGGUGCCUCUAUCAGGGGCCCCAGAUAGAUACCAACCGGUCCCUUUCCCCGAACCCUGGACUCUUCCUCCAGAAAUUCAAGCAAAAUUCCUCUGUGUACUUGAAAGGACGCGCCCACCCAAAGAAAAAAGGAAGAGCUGUAGAGUAUUAGUGCCUUCCUACAGGCAGAAGAAAGAUGACAUGUUGACUCGCAAGAUCCAGUCUUGGCAACUGGGGACGACUGUGCCUCCUGUCAGUUUCACCCCUGGUCCCUGCAGUGAGGCGGACCUCCGGAAGUGGGAGGCCAUCCGGGAGGCCAGCAGACUUAGGCACAGGAAACGGCUGAUGGUCGAGAGACUCUUUCAAAAGAUUUAUGGUGAGAAUGGGAGUAAGUCCAUGAGUGAUGUCAGCGCGGAGGAUGUUCAGAACUUGCGUCAGCUGCGUUACGAGGAGAUGCAGAAAAUAAAAUCACAAUUAAAAGAACAGGAUCAGAAGUGGCAAGAUGACCUUGCAAAAUGGAAAGAUCGUCGAAAAAGCUACACUUCAGAUCUGCAGAAGAAAAAGGAAGAGAGGGAAGAAAUCGAAAAGCAGGCACUCGAGAAGUCUGAGAGAAGCUCUAAGAUGUUUAAGGAAAUGCUACAGGACAGGGAAUCCCGAAAUCAAACGUCCACAGUUACCUUGAGGAGGAGGUUGCAUUCUUCUGAUGACAUAUUGCAUGAAGAGAUGCUUUCCCCUACACUGACCAUGUCAGAAGCAAGUUACCAGAGUGAGAGAGUAGAAGAGAAGGGAACAGCAUAUUCUACAGAAAUUCCUAAACAAGAUUCCACGACGUUUGCAAAAAGAGAAGAUGCUGCGGCCGCUGGCGUUCACCUUCCUUCUAAAAGCCCCAUCAAAGAACAAGUCCCAGACUCUUUGUCCUCUCAGCCUUCACUGACGACACAAAGAGAGUCGACUCGAGUUUCAGCCUCUCUCCCCAGAAGUUACCAGAAAACUGAUACAGCCAGGUUAACAUCUGUGGUCACACCGAGACCUUUUGGCUCUCAGGCAAGGGGAAUCUCAUCACUCCCAAGAUCCUACACGAUGGAUGACUCUUGGAAGUAUAACGGAAAUGUAGAAGAUGCUAAGAGAACUCAGAACAGUCUGGUCAGCACCUCUGUGCAGAGACCUGACCUAAGCCAGCUCGUUUCCAGCAAGUCCAGCGAGAGAGAGAGAGCUGAGGUGGGAGAAGGUGUGACAGGGCUGCCGUCCCCUACACCCUCCUUCUCAUCCCUUUCCCAGGACCAGGCUGACACUUCCAGAGCCACACUGUCUUCCACAUCUGGCCCCGAUUUAACGUCUGAGUUUGGAGAAGGGGGAAGCUCACCACAAAUGGAGGACUCAAGAUCACAGGAUCAGUUCAGUGAUAUGAGAAUCAGCAUAAACCAGAUGCCCGGGAGCGGUCUUGACUUUGGGUUUACAGUAAAAUGGGCAUUGUCUGGGAUCUUCGUUGCAUCAGUCGAAGCAGGUAGCCCAGCAGAAUUUUCCCAGCUACAGGUAGAUGAUGAAAUUAUUGCUAUUAACAACACCAAGUUUUCAUAUAAGGACACAAAAGAGUGGGAGGCAACCAUGGCUAGUGCUAAAGAAACUGGAAAGCUAGUAAUGGAUAUCAGGCGCCAUGGAAAGUCUGACUGGGGCAAAGACCAACCUUCCCUGCCAUUUACACGGCAUAAAACUCUCAAUCUCACCAGUAUGGCUACCAAAAUUAUAGGUUCACCCGAAACAAAGUGGAUUGAUACAACUUCUGGAAUUUACAACUCAGACAAAUCUUCAAGUCUGUCAAUAACAACUGAUUUCUCAGAGAGCCUCCAGCAUUCUAGUACUGAAUCCAAGGAAAUGAAUGGAAUUCGUGAUGAAACUACUACUUUUGAAUCAAAAGCAUCUGAACCUAUUUCUUUGAAAAACUUAAAAAGGCGAUCACAAUUUUUUGAACAAGGGUCAUCAUGCUUUUCUUACAGUUCAUGGGUCUACCUCUGUGGAAGCUCGGAUUCUGUAGUUCCUGAUCUUCCGGUUCCCACCCUCAGUGCCCCGAGCCGCUGGGCGUGGGAUCAGGAGGAGGAGCGGAAGCGGCAGGAGAGGUGGCAGAAGGAGCAGGACCGCCUGCUGCAGGAAAAAUAUCAACGUGAGCAGGAGAAACUCAGGGAAGAGUGGCAAAGGGCUAAGCAGGAAGCUGAGAGAGAGAAUUACAAGUACUUGAAUGAGGAGCGAAUGGUCCUGAGCUCAAACAGCAUUUCUCUGCCCACGCGGGAGCCCACCGCGGCCGCCUGGGAAGCCUCCUGGGGUGAGGGGUCCAAGUCGUCCGACCAGGAAGGUAGCCGAGCAGGGGAAGAGGAGACGAGAGAGCCGCCCAAGGACGACGCAGAGGAGGACCAAAGGAAGAAGCUGCAGGAGCGCCUGGCUCUUGAGGAAGAGAGGAAACUGAGGGAGCAACAGUGUCAGCAAGAGCAGGAGCAGAAGUGGCAGCAGGAGGCGGCCCAGGAGCAGACCCGCCCGGCAGAGAGAGAGAGGGAGACUUCAGUCAAGAUAUACCAGUAUAGAAGACCUGUUGAUUCCUAUGACAUACCAAAGAGAGAGGAAAAAUCUUCAGGGUUGCUUCCUAGUGACAGGAACAAAUCCAGAUCCACAACUGAGCUGGAUGAUUACCCUACAAAUAAAAAUGGAGGCAAUAAAUAUUUAGACCAAAUUGGGAGCACUAGCUCAUCACAGAGGAGUUCCAAGAAGGAACAAGUCCCAUCGGAAGCAGAAUUAGAGAGACAACAAAUUCUUCAAGAAAUGAGGAAGAGAACAUCUCUUCUCAAUGACAGCAGCUGGAUCCGACAGCGCAGUUCCAGCGUAAAUAAAGAGCCCAUUUGUCUACCUGGGAUUAUGAGAAGAGGUGAAUCUCUAGAUAACCUGGAUUCCCCAAGAUCCAAUUCUUGGAAACCAUCCCCUUGGCUCAAUCAGUCUUCAGGAGUCCGUGCUUCUUCCUCCGUUCAAGACUUCAGUCGCCCCCCGCCUCAGCUGGUGUCCACCUCAAACCGGGCCUACAUGCGCAAUCCAUCCUCCAGCAUCCCCCCUCCUUCAGCGGGGUCUGUGAAGACCACCACUGCGCCUUCCCCCACACCACGCAGCCAUUCUCCUUCAGCAUCGCAGCCGAGCUCCCAGCUACGCAAUAGGUCAGUCAGUGGGAAGCGCGUGUGCUCCUACUGUAAUAACAUUCUGGGCAAAGGAGCUGCCAUGAUCAUCGAGUCCCUGGGUCUUUGUUAUCAUUUGCAUUGUUUUAAGUGUGUGGCCUGUUCGUGUGACCUCGGAGGCUCCUCUUCAGGAGCUGAAGUCCGAAUCAGAAACCACCAGCUCUACUGCAACGACUGCUAUCUCAGAUUCAAAUCUGGACGGCCAACCGCCAUGUGAUGUAAGCCUCCAUACGAAAGCACUGUUGCAGAUAGAAGAAGAGGUGUUUGCUGCUGAUGUAGAUCUAUAAAUAUGUGUUGUAUGUCUUUUUUGCUCUUUUUUUAAAAAAGGAUAACACUUUUUUAAAAAUUUUUUUGCCUCUUUAGAUUACAUCAGAGCAUUAUAGUCUUGGUAGCACCUGUAUUUUUGUUGUUGUUUAUUUAUAAGAAGGUGAUUCUGUGUGUUGGGGGAACGGAAAGUGCAGUAUUUACUUUUUGAAUUCAACAUCUUAAAAGCACAAGGAAAAAAUAAGAAUGAAAUAUUUUUGAUGCUGAUGAUGAUCAGGUUUGACUUUCUAGUGGUGUUUUGAAGAGGGUUAUUUUAUUGUUUUUUUUUUUUAAGUUCUGAAACAUUAUUUGAAAUAGUUAAUAUAAAUACAUAAUUGCGUUUGCUCUGUUUAUUUUAAUGUAUACUAAAUUAAUGCAGAACCAUAUAGAAAUUUCACUAAAAUCUACCCAUAAAUUUGCUUUCUGUGUCCUUCUUUUCAUCUAUGUAAUACUGUGCUUUUGAAAAAAAUUUUUUUAGCAUAUGUGACAUUUUAUUUGCUUGGUGAGGGGAUCUCUAGUUUCUUCACCAGAAUGAUCACUAAGCAAUGCCCAAUAGAAAGCUGCUUCUUUUCAUUAAUACAGAAUCAUCAUGGUUUGUAUACCAGAAAUUUUCUCCAGGAACUAGUAAGCCUUUCUGUUCCACUGAGUUUGUAAAUAAACUUGCUGAACCAUUAA